CUCUAGAUAACUACGGUGUUGAAUCGAGUGAGCAACGUCAGCCUGCUGCUUCUCCUCGUAUCAAUCGAGGUAGAUGCGGAGGAUGUCACUCGAAGGGGAAACAAUUGCCGUCAUGCCUCUUCUUUGCUCUAGUGCGGCCAACCCUGGUCAAGCAUCUAGUUACCGUACGCGUGCCUCUUCCCUACGCCACCGAAUCGAGCUUGUACGCAUGGAGAUAUCGACAUUUCUCUACACGCCCCGACAUGAGCACGGAUGAAUUACAACUGAAUCAUAACUCUUGCGAGGGGGGGAGGGGGUGGAGGCCCAGGCUGGUGGUACAUGGUAAAGGGACGGACGGACGGUAUGAGACACCAGCCCCUUGAGGCAUCUAGCGGAGGAAGCAUAUCAAGUGCUCCUUACCACCUCCUCUAGCUCGAGCUCUCCCGUCGCAACAAACACCACAGCAAUAUGACACCCAAAUUUCUCCCCGACGACGUUCCCAACCUCACAGGCAAAGUCGCGAUAGUGACGGGUCCCAAACGCGGUCUCGGCCUCGAAACCGUGCACCUCCUCGCGCGCCGCGGCUGCACCGUGUACCUCGCCGGACGCGGCGACCUGGUGCAGACGAUUGCGGACCUCAAGAAGGCGCGUCCGGACGUUGCGAACGCAGAGCUGUACCCGCUCGAGCUCGACCUCUCUUCGAUCACCACUGCGGCCGCCGCCGCAGACCGCUUCCCCGGCGAGCGCCUCGACAUCGUCAUCGCGAACGCGGGGAUCUCAAUGAACAACUCCGUCGCGCCCAGCCCUGAGGGCUGGGAACACCACUUCCAGACGAACCAUCUGGGACACUUCGCGUUCAUAGAGGGCCUCCUGCCGCUGCUGGUUGAGAGUCCCGAGGCCCGCAUCGUCGUCACGAGCUCGGAGGCGUACAAGUUCGCUACGAAGGGCAUCGAUUUCGACUCGCUCAGGAAGGAUGUGGAUCCGUCCCUGCUGGGGCUGAUGGGCUGCAUGAAGAGGUAUGGCCAGAGCAAGCUGGCGAAUACACUGUAUGUGAGGGAGCUCCAGCGGAGACUGCUGGAGAAGGGUGUUAAGAAUGUUUAUGUUAAUGCUGCGAAUCCCGGUGUAAUUGCUAGUACUGGACUCGGCGGCGACGGUUCGCAGUUUGGCUUGCCGAAGUUCGUGCCGGUAGCCCUGAGGAAGGUGGGAGGGGCAUUAAUAGGGUUCAAUCUCCAGGGCGGGGCGAUGACGCAGGUGUGGGCAGCUACGGCGAGGAAUAUCGUCGACGAGGAUAUCCGGGGACAGUAUAUAAUGCCCGCCAUGGGCUGGUCCGGUGGAUAUCACCAUUCGAAAGUGGCAGAUCCAUUGGACCACGCGAAGGAUGAUGAGGCGGCAAAGAAGCUGUGGGAGGUGAGCGUGAAGGCUGUCACUGAAGCCGAAGCUAAGGCAGGACAUGGUGGAUUGAACUGAACUGAUCGGCGAGACUGGGGGGGUGCUUUGUAUGUAAGAUAUGUGAUGUGGGGACGGGAUGCUACUAUACACUGCGUGAUGGGACGCACAUGGGAAAGCUGAGGAGUCAUCGUAGAAUGUUUCUAUCCCAAGUGGAUUCUGUAUCGCAGUCAGCUCUGCAUCUGCAAUGGAAGCUGUCGUUGUCAUAUCGGUUCGUGUCAUCAGCGUUUCCGCAUGGAACCGAACAUGCCGAUGCUGACG